AUGGUCAUUAACAUGACAACAACAGAAGAAAGAAGAAUAAGUUUCUACCGCUGUCUCAUGCGAGUUGAAGAAACAAGAAUGAACGUCAAACCCACCGAUAGGUUGAGAAUUGAUGUGACUAUUAGUGUUCGAUAUCAAGAUUAUUUACAUAUUAUUCAAACAUCAACCUUAUUAAAAAGGUUAGUAUUCAUUAGCUGCCAAAGUUUCCUUGAAAAUAAUAAAGAUUUCUUAAGAAGUUUGUUGUUCGACCCAAGUUGCUCUCACUGCUUCAUCCCAGAAAUUGUUGAUCUGGUAUCAGAAAGAAUUCUCAAUAUGACUCAACAAAUAUUGGGAUGUUGUCGUGAUACUGAAUCUGUAGAUUCAGAAUGCCAAGAAUUUUCUUUGAAUUUAGACAUCAUCGUGGAUAUAGUUCCAGAUGUAGAAAGCGAAGAGGAAGAGGAGGAGAUUGAAAAUGCAGUAACAGAAGAGUCCAUGCAGCAAGAUGCAGCAAUGAUUCCGGCGUCUAGUGAAGCCAUCCAUUCUCUUACAACCUUCACAGAUUUUCAUUUUUUGAAAAGGAUAACCCAGAAAUGCAAUAUUUGUUUGGAAAAAUUCCGUCUCGGAGAAGAUGAAGAAAAAGUGAAGUUUUCGUGGAUGCCAUGCGAUCAUGCAUUUCAUCAUCACUAUUUCUUAAGCAUUUUGGUGCUCGAUCCACCCUACUCAAACUUCUUCGCCCCAGAAAGUAUUGAUGAAGUAUCAGGAACAAUUCGUACUCUGGCUGAAGAAAUUUUUGAAUUUUGUUCUGAUACUGAAUCAUCAGAAUACCAAGAGUUUCCCUUGAAGUUAGACAUCAUCGUGGAUUUAGUUCCAGCAGAAGAUACAGUUCCAGAAGAAGAGAGCGAGGAGGAAGAGGAGGAGAUUGACAAUGCAGUAAUAGAAGAGUCCAUGCAGCAAGAUGCAGCAAUGAUUCCAGCAUCCAGUGAAGCCAUCCAUUCUCUUAAAACCUUCACAAUUUUACCUUCUUCGAAAAGGAGGACUGAGGAGUGCAAUAUUUGUUUGGAACAAUUUCGUGUCAGGGAAAACGAAGAAAACGUCAAGUUUUCGUCCAUGCCAUGUCAUCAUGUAUUUCAUCAUUACUGUAUUGUCAAGUGGCUGCAGAUAAGUCACACUUGCCCAUUAUGUCGUUACCCUAUGCCCACUGAGAACUAG